UUUUAGAGGCACUGACGUUCGCAAGAACUUCCUUAGCCAUCUCUACACGACACUAAACCAGAAUGGUAUAUUCACGUACAUCGACAGUGAGGAACUGAGGAAAGGAGAGCAAAUAUCGCCGACCCUUAUGAACGCGAUAGAAGAAUCGCUCUUUGCAAUUAUCAUUUUCUCUGAGAAUUACGCAUCUUCUCCAUGGUGUUUAGAAGAGGUUGUGAAAAUCAUGGAGUGCAAAGAGAGAAAGGGCCUGGUUGUGUUGCCGGUGUUUUACAAAGUGGAACCAAGAGAAGUGAGAGGGGGGAGAGACAGUUACAGGAGAGAUAUGGCUGAGCAUGAGUUCAAGUUCGGGAAGGAUUCGGAGAUAAUGAAGAGAUGGAAGAAGGCUCUUUUCGACGCCGGCAGCUUGUCCGGGUGGGACUUGAAUGAUGGGUAUAUUCUUCUGGAUUUUGUCAGAGAUGAAGCGAUCCUUAUAAAGAAAAUUGUGGAGGAGAUCUCUAUGCAGCCAGACCGAAGACCAUUGCAUGUUGCAAAGCAUCCAGUCGGGAUACAUCGCCAAGUGGAAAAACUGGAAUCAAUGUUAAAUCUUGAGUCGGAUGAUGUCUUCAUGAUAGGAUUAUGGGGCCAGGGAGGCAUAGGAAAAACUACUUUAGCUAAAGCCCUUUAUAAUGGAAUUUUUAGACAAUUUGAGGGUUCAUGUUUUCUGGUAAAUGUUCGAGAAGCUUCAAAAGAUUCCAAGGAUUUAGUUCCUUUACAAGAAAAAUUGUUGGCCGAGAUAUUAUUGGGAAAAACAUCAGUUGUGUAUAGUGUUGAUGGAGGUAUUAAUCUGAUGCAAGAUAGACUUUGCCGCAAAAAAGUUCUCCUGGUUCUCGACGAUGUCAAUGAUGUAAAACAGUUAAAUGCUUUAGCUGGAGAGUGUGAGUGGUUUGGUAAAGGAAGUAUGGUGAUCAUCACUACAAGAGAUAGCCAUUUACUAACUUCCCAUGGGAUAGAAGAAGAUCACAUCUAUGAAGCUAAAGGUCUAGAGUAUUUUGAAGCUUUUGAACUUUUCAAUAAGCAUGCUUUUCCAAGAAACAACAAAGCAGUAAUAAGGAGGGAUCUUGUUAAUAGUGCUUUGCAUUAUGCUAAUGGACUUCCUUUAGCACUUGAGGUAUUGGGCUCUUUCCUUUGCGGGAGAACAGAACGUGAGUGGGAAAGUGCAUUAAAUAAACUUGUUAAAAGUCCUGAAAAAACCAUCAAUGAUGUUCUUAAGUUAAGUUACGAUGGACUAGAGGACUAUGAAAAGGACGUUUUCCUUGAUAUUUGUUGUUUCUUCAAGGGUCGGUCUACAAAGUACAUUAUAAAAGUCCUCAACAGUUGCGACUUUGACACAAUUAUUGGAGUACAAGUUCUUGUUGAGAAAUCUUUGAUAAUUGAAGAGGAAGGGGCCUUGCAGAUGCAUGACUUAAUUCAGUUGAUGGGCAUGGAUAUUGUAAAACAAGAAUGUCGCGAUGAUCCUGGAAGACGCAGCAGGUUAUGGCUUUGUGAUGAUGUUCGUGACGUUCUAUCAGGGGAUAUGGGAACGAAUGCAGUAAAAGCCAUAGUUUUGAAUUUACACAAGCCAGAAGAGAUAUACAUAGGUCACGAUGCUUUCACAAAUAUGAGAAGAUUGAGGAUGCUCAUCAUGAUUAAUGUGCAUAACCCUUUCCAAGGUCCGAUCUGUCUUCCUAAUGAACUAAGAUGGUUUGAAUGGCCCGAAUGUCCUCCUUGGAUUCCAGAAUUUUCCUCUGGUCCAAAGAAGUUAGUCGGACUUGAUAUGCACAAAAGCAACAUCCGAGUAUUGAGGGAGCAAUUUAAGGACUUUAAAAAUUUGAAGUUCAUUAAUUUUAGUGAAUGCCAGUCGGUGGUUUAUAUGCCGGACCUCUAUUGUACUCCGAAUCUAGAGGAAUUGGAUCUCCAUGGGUGCAAAAACUUGAAACGUGCCCACGACUCAGUUGCAUAUCAUGACAAGUUGCAGUUUUUGAAUUUAAGUGGGUGCUCAAAACUUCAUCAUUUCUCCGAUGUGCUCCAGUCCAAGAAUCUUCAACAUCUCAAUCUUAAUCAUUGCUCAAAACUGCAAACAUUUCCCGAUAUUCCGGAGACAAUGAAAGGUUUGCAAAGACUUCGAUUACGAGGGACUUCAAUCGAGGAACUUCCUGUGUCUAUAGCAAAUCUUGUCUCUUUGGAGGAUAUGAUUUUAAGCGAAUGCAAGAAACUGGCAAUCCUUCCUUCCAGCAUUUAUAGGUUACAAAAUCUUGAAAACCUAAGUCUUGAUGGCUGCUCGAAACUAAUCAAGUUUCCAAAGGAGGAGGAGGAUUCGAGUGAUCCCCAAACGAAGACGGGAUUUCCCAAAUUAAAGAUUUUGGACCUUAGUCGGUGCAAUCUAUCAGAAGUGGAGUUCUUGGAGAACCGUUCAUGUUUCCCAACCUUAACAACUAUGAUGUUGUCGGGAAACAAUUUUACUAACCUUCCCGCAUGCGAGCAACUACAUAAUUUGCUCAGCUUGCAGGUUUCGUGUUGCAGACAACUACAAGAGAUCAUCAACAUCCCAGGGAAAUUGUGGUUCGCCCCGGAGGAAAGAUGCCAGAGGAGUUUUGUCCUUGUCGAAGACGGUACCGUAUCAUUCAUGGCUUCACAGGACUUGUACGACAAGUUCCUAGGAUUGAUUGUCUGUGUUGUUUUCAGUGUGGAAGAUGGGGAAAAGGAAGUAUGUUUCGACAUCAUGCCACAUGUAAACGGCCAAAGGCAGAACGUGCUAGCAGGAACUCUCGAUUUAUUUUAUUCGGAUCACGUGUGGAUUCAAUAUCUCGCAACAAUGUGCUGUGGGGAGUGUUGCAAGGAGCAGUUGAUUUCGGUCAAUUCGAGGAGAACAAAAUACUUUAGAGUAUCCAGUGGAACCAUGAAAAAGCUGGGGUAUAUGCUAAAAAGCUGGCGACUAACAGAUGAUUUAAAGGCCGGUCUCGAAGAAAAUCAAUUGGUGGAUCCAAAUUCACUCCGCGAGGCUUCUCAUUCUGAGGAUUCUGAUUCGGAGGAACUUGAGCGGAGGGUAGAGUUUCAACACGAGGCAUUGGACCAAUUGGAUCAUGAUCUCAUUGAUAAAUCUCAUAUCGUUUACUGA